AUGGCACGUUCGAACGGCUCAUCGCACGGCGCGUCGGCGGGCACCAUCGCCAACGGCAACGGCAACGGAUUUGCCACUGGCAGCUGGGUGCCGUCGCUCCCGACGUCUUCCUCGGCUCCAGUUCCGGCGGCCGGGACCGGUGACGGAUCGUCAGCCGCUCCCAUAGACGUUGACAACAUGCCCGAAUCGCGACCCCUCAAUCCCAAGAAGCCGGUGUGCAUCGGCGGCUUUAUGACACGCGCUAUCAUGCUCUAUCCCAACGAUGCCGCCGUCGCCGGAGCCAAGCCCAAGCCGGGACAGCGCUGGACCGUCGUCACGUUCAAGGGCGCUGAGAUGAUCCAUGUCAAGCUACGUCUUCGCCGCGCCGGCGAUCCUCCACGCCCAGACGAGCCGUGGACUGGCGUCAGCAAGGACACCAUCCAGGUCACAACGUACCCCGGCGGUGCCAAUGGCGCGUACAUCGGCGACAUCGAUGGCCAUGUUGCCGAGAUUCUCAUCCCUAUGCUUUCUCGCGGCCUCUGCCGCCUGGAAGGCUUCGCAAUGCGUCUCAGACCAGACGGGGUCAUGUUCGAAGUCCGUAUCAAUGUGAUCCUCUUCACUCUGCCAUCAAACAUCCAGUACAUCUCCGAUACGCUUAUCGCCCACAACCUUUUCCUCCUCGACCCGAUGCCUCCGUACGACCCGAUGCGCCACAACGACCACCCUGCCUACCAGAACGCGCAUGGCGGCGGCGAGAGGGCUUACAAGAUGUACUUGGCGUCGCAACAGCGGUACACGACGAGCGGCGGUAGUCACUACAACCCGCAGCAGGACAAGGCCCGUCAGGUCGAGGUCCAGCGCCAGCAGGUCGACGCCGUGUUCAAGAGCAUUGAGAGCGGCGCCGAGCUUGAGCAGUCAGAUCCGGGGCCUUGGAUCAAGACAAACCUCUUCCCUCACCAGCGCAAGGCGCUCACCUUCCUUCUCCAGGCCGAACAGGACUGGACAAGUCUAAAGGACGCACGCAAGGCGGCCGACAAGAAGCUGAAAAAGGCGAAGGCUAGCAGCCAGAGCGCGUCUGGAACAGCGACUCCCGAAGAGCGGCCGGACAAGGAGGACAAGAAAGCGUCGCGAGACUUUAAGGCGGAUAGCUCUCGCUCAUUGUGGGAACUACAUGUCGAUGACAAGGCCCGUGGGCGGGUUUGGAAGAACAAGCUCACGAACGAAACGAAGCGCAGUGCCAAGCGGCCCAAGGAGUUCAAGGGUGCCAUUCUGGCCGAUGAUAUGGGUCUGGGCAAGACACUGUCGGUCGUUUCGCUCAUUGCUGCAACGAAGAGCGCUGCAAAGGAAUGGGGCGAGCGGAAGUUGGAGAAGGUGGAUGCCGUUCCAGAGAAGGAGACCGACGAGGAGAAGGUUUCUUUGAGCGCGAUGUCCACACGCGUGUUUGGCAUGCCCGAGGCCAGCCCCGAACCAGACACGCCCAAGGGGAAGAAGCGCCGUCUUGAUGAGCAGGAGCAGGUCGCGAAUCGCACGCGCCGGUCACAGAUCAUCAAGCGUUCCAAAGCGACGCUUCUCGUGUGUCCCAUGUCGACCAUUACGAACUGGGAAGACCAGAUCAAGGAGCACUGGGAUGGUGACGUUGAAGUCAUCGGCGGAACAAGCCCUCCGGCCAAGAAGGGUACCAAGAAGCAGACCGAUCCUGAGGACACCCUCCGCGUGUAUAUCUACCACGGAACUGGUCGUAAGGCCGACCCGCGCUUCCUUGCCACAUUUGACAUUGUGAUCACAUCCUAUUCAACCCUCGCGAACGAGUACUCGAAGCACUGCAAUUCGUGCGGGGACGGCGAGUCCACACCGGCAGACACGAGGGCCAACUCGGAUGACGACGCGAGCGGCACGAACAGCGCACGUGGGGCCACCACUCCCGGAUCAGGCAUCAACCCCUCCGACGUAUCUGAGGCACUCAAGCGCAAGCAAAAGCCACAACGCAAGCGCGGCCCGGCGGCGGAUCAGCCCAGUCCUCUUCAAACGAUAGACUGGUUCCGAGUCGUGCUGGACGAAGCACACAGUAUCAAGUCGGCCUCAACGGUGGCGUGUAAGGCCUCGUGCUAUCUCGAGGCCGACCGUCGCAUUGCUCUGACGGGAACACCCAUUCAGAACAAGAUUGAGGACGUGUGGGCGCUGUUCAAGUUCCUCCGCGUCAGUCCGAUCGAUGAGCGCGACAUGUUCAACAAGUACAUUUCGACGCCGUGCAAGAGCGGUGACCAGGUCGGCGUCGCACGUCUCCAGCUCAUUAUGCGCACCUGCUGCCUGCGUCGCACAAAGGACACGACUGACAAUGGCAAGAAGAUCCUUUCCCUGCCACCACGCAAAGAGUUGCAGAUGUGGCUAGAUUUGCGUCCCGACGAGCGCAAGAUUUACGACAUGCGUCGCGACGAGGCGCGCUCCGAGAUCAAUGAGCUCAAGGCGACCAAGCAGCUGACAAAGAAUUACGCACAUGUUCUUCAGCAGCUUCUGCGCCUGCGCCAGACAUGCGAUCACGUCGACCUGCCCAGCAGUGCCGUCGUCGAGGAGGAUUAUGACGGGACCAUCAUGAACUACGAGAUCGCCCUGGAGGGUAUCAAGAAGAUGGGUCUCACCCAGCAGCGUGCUCUGAGCGUCAUCUGUACGUACAAGGACAUGCCUGACGGCGGCGCAUUCUGCAGCGAGUGCAACCACGACUUUGGGCCUGCCUUCCCGUCCAUUGAACUAGGCGGCGACGAGGUUUACGCCAAGUCGGAGCCGACCGAGAAGAAGGCCAAAAGCCUGCGUCCCCUCCUCACCAAGUGUCAGCACAUUUACUGCUCAGCGUGCUUCAAGCGUAGCGUGUACCCCAAGUGGCCUCGCGCUGUGGACGGGCAAGCGCGCCCAUGUGUCAUCUGCAAUGAGAUGCUCCAUCUCGGCAGGGACGUCAUUGAGGUCUGCCCACCGUCCGAAAUGGCCGACGAGGCGCCCAAGAAGGCGGUGACGCGCAAGAAGUGGGAGCGCAACCCGUUGGAGGCGGUCAACAUGUCCACGAAGAUGCAGUACCUGCUGCAUGAGCUCAUGAAGCUCUCCAAACGCAACCCCAACUCGCCCAACUACGACCCCUUCAGCGUCGGUCCGGACGAUGACGACGACCCGGUCGAGGUCAGCGACGACGGGACGCCGCUCGCGACUAAGACAAUCGUGUUCAGCCAGUGGACGACAAUGCUCGACCGCAUCGAGGACAUGCUGAACGAGGCCCACAUCCAGACCUGCCGCUUGGACGGCACCAUGACGCGUGAGCAGCGUGCCGAGCAGAUCGAGCGCCUGCGCACGAGCAAGAGCAUAGAAGUCAUGCUCGUUUCAACGCGCGCCGGUGGUGUCGGCCUCAACCUGACCGCCGCGAGCCGCUGCUACCUCAUUGACCCGUACUGGAAUCCCUCGGUUGAGGCGCAGGCUAUCGACCGUAUCCACCGUAUGGGACAGACGCGCCCGGUUCUUGCCAUUAAGCUCAUGAUCAAGGACUCGGUGGAGGAGAAGCUCAACAAGAUCCAGCAGAAGAAGGCUGAGCUUGCCAACCUCUCGCUCAAGAAUAUGUCUAGAGCGGAGCUCAUGCAGCAACGGAGUGAAAUGCUUGCCUCGUUGUUCAACUGA